AUGUCGACGUUUGAAAUUGUCGCGCAAACAACAACGUUAUUUUUUACACUGCAAUACUCUUUCCUACCGAUUUCCAUCAUUCUCGCGACGUUUUAUUAUUUUCAUUUUAAAUUCAUAGGUUCGAAAUAUUGGAAAAAUAAAAAUAUUUUUCAUUUGAAACCCAAUUUUCUGAUCGGUAACAUUUGGAAAGUGAAUUUUUUAAAAAGUUUCGCGUCCGAAUUAAACGAAAUUUAUUACAAAUAUAAAAAUGAAAAAUUAAUCGGAUUUUGGAUGUUCACCAAACCCGUUCUAUUAGUAACGGAUUUGAAUUUAAUUAAAAAUAUAUUAAUUAAAGAUUUCGAAUAUUUUCACGAUCACGGAUUACCCGUUGAUUUCAACGUCGACCAUCUUGCCGGACAUUUAUUCAACUUAUCCGGUUCGAAAUGGAAAAAUUUAAGAAUCAAAUUAACUCCGACAUUCACUUCCGGUAAAAUGAAACAAAUGUUUCGUUUGAUGAACGAAUGCGGACGACAAUUACAACAACACGUACGCUCGAAUUUAAAUAAAUCGUUGGAAGUGCACGAUUUGUUUUCUAGAUACGGCACUGACGUCAUAUCCUCUUGCGCUUUCGGUAUAGAAACAAAUUCUAUGACCAAUCCAAAUUCGGAUUUUAGAAUUUACGGGAAAAAAAUUUUCGAAUCUAAUUUUUCGAGAAAAAUAAGUCGAACGAUUUUUUUAACUUUUCCUAAAUUUGCUUAUUUUUUCGGGUUUCGUUUGAUAUCGAAAGACGUGUCGGAUUUUUUUACAAAUGCCGUUAAAGAAACGAUGGAAUACAGAGAGAAAAAUAAAAUUAUAAGAAAUGAUUUCCUCCAUCUUCUCAUGCAAUUGAAAAACAAUGGAAAAAUAGAUGACGGGGAACAACAUUUAAAUGGAGGAGGAGAAACAACAACAACAACAACAAACGGAAUUUCAACGAAAGAUUCGAUAGAUUUCAAAUUUACUAUUAAAGAAGCCGCCGCACAAGCUUUCGUUUUUUUUUUCGCCGGAUUCGAAACGACUUCAUCGGCAUUAACAUCCGCCAUGUACGAAUUGGCAUUAAAUCCGGGCGUGCAAAAAAAAUUACAAUUUGAAAUUGAUGACGUCAGAGAAAAACACGACGGUGAAAUAACGUACGAGAGUUUAACGGAAAUGCAAUAUUUAAAUUCCGUCGUUCAGGAAACUCUUCGAAAAUAUCCACCGAUAUUCGGAUUGACGAGACAUUGUACAAAAGAUUAUACGGUACCUGAUAUGGAUGGCGUGACGAUUCCGAAAAAUUCCAGGCUCUUCAUUCCCAUUCAAGCCAUACAAAACGACCCGGAUUAUUUUGUGGAUCCUGAUAAGUUUGAUCCGGACAGGCAAACUCCAGAAGAAAGACAAAAAAGAAAUUAUUUGACUUCGUUGCAUUUCGGUGAAGGGCCCAGAUAUUGUAUCGGAAAUAGAUUUGCUAUAAAUCAAAUAAAAAUAGGUAUAGUAUCAUUAUUAUCACGUUUUGAAGUUUUCGAAACGGAAAAAACUCCGAAAAUAAUUAAAUAUAAAUUGGAUAGCUUAUUUAGUCUUUCUCCCUUCGUUAGAAAGGGAAAGGAAGGGGGGGGAGAUCCGCCGAAUAAAAAUUAUUAA